CCUCUCUCCUACUUCUCCCCACUUACAUCAAGAGAGAGAAACAGCAACAACACAACAAACCAAAACUACAAAAAAAAAAAAAAAAAAAAAAAGUCUUUCCCUCCUUCCUCCUCCCCUCUCCGCCCCCCGCCGUCCCUCAAUCCGUACCUCCGUGUCAAAUUAAUAUUCUUUCCCUUGUGUGACUUUUAGCCCCUCCGCUUGCUUAUCCAGCCACCACCAUUCGAGCCCCACUCCGCCGCCCCCGUACUCCGCAUCUAAGAGAUCGAUAGCCCGUUGUCUCUUUCCCUUCACCGCUGAAUUCGAGGUCGGAUGUCUUCUCAAUCUCAAGUUCAGAUUUUUAUGCGUGCCCAUAUGUCGUUUGAGUGUCUUAUUGUCGAUUCCGAAUUGGGUCUCGGCUGUUUAAAUUUAUCCAAUUGGACAAUUCAUGAUUGAGAGAUGGGUGUUGUUCGAGUUCAUAAUCUUGUGACCAUGGUGGGUGGCUGGAGCUGAACCCCUGAUUUGAUCGGAUUAGCUUGAAAAAAUUGCAACUUUGCUCUAUCUACAUGUUGUAUUGUUAGAGUCUCCAAAGCAAUCAGGAUAUUGUUGUCAAUUGUUUGGUCGAGUUUUUUUUAACUUUACCUUUGUACUAAGCAGAUUCUGCUGCUACCUCUUGCAGUGACUUGGGCGUGGAACCCUUGUGGUUAUGUCUUCAUCGUUCCCAGUUCUUCAUACUACCAUCGAAGACAAGUACCCCAAAUCGCCAAACACUUUCCAGAUGCCUUCCGAGAGGGAGCUUAUGAGAAACUCUUUCCCUCAGCAGGCUAUUCCAAUUGGUCCCAGUAGUGGGACAGUGGAGCAGCUGUUCUCCUCGCCUUCUUCCAGAUUUGCUACCAGCGAAAUGCAUGUCCCUUCAGUUUCUUCGCCCCAGGGAAAGCAUUCCCUGAAUUCACCAUUCAUUUCCCAAUCAGCAAGCGGCAGAGAGAGCUUGCCAUCGUUGCUGUCUUCCCAUACUGAAGUACAAUCCUCCACUUUGGGCAGUACCCACUCUGGAGAGAGUAAUAAUAAUAAUAAUAAUAAGACGAAUCCUUGGUUGUCCAUGGAUUCAAUUCCUGACUUUCUCGAUUUCCCCGAGAAUGUGUCUAUCCAAAAUGCUUGUCAGGAGGAGACUGCAUGUGUUGUUGGGUCUGAAGAUCCUACGAAGAGAACAACAGAUUGGCAGUGGGCGGAUCAGUGGAUAUCGGUUGAUGAUAAUCUCAAUUCGGACUGGAAUGAAAUUCUUACUGGAGUUGCUUCUACUGAGAACAAAGAAAAGGCGCCACCACAAUCUUCUAGUAACUCGGUGCCAACUAUCUCAGUUGAACAACCUCAAGUGAAUCAGCAGCAAGCUGUGGUUAGUGGAGAAGUAAUCUCUGUUGGCACCCCACUUUCCUCUGCACCAACAGCAACCAAAACCAGAAUGAGAUGGACACCAGAGCUUCAUGAGGCUUUUGUGGAAGCAGUCAAUCAGCUUGGUGGCAGCGAAAGAGCUACUCCAAAGGGCGUCUUGAAGUUAAUGAAUGUUGAAGGGUUGACGAUUUAUCAUGUCAAAAGCCACUUGCAGAAGUAUAGGACAGCGAGGUACAAACCAGAGCCAAGUACUGAAGACGACUCAGAGAAAAAGUUGAGUUCCAUUGACGAAAUGAAAUCUCUGGACUUGAAAACGAGCAUAGGGAUAACUGAAGCUUUGAGACUACAGAUGGAAGUUCAGAAGCGAUUACAUGAACAACUCGAGAUUCAGCGAAACUUACAGCUGAGAAUCGAAGAACAGGGGAGGUAUCUGCAGAUGAUGUUUGAGAAACAAAAGAUGGGAGAGGACAAAGCCAAGCUUCCUACCAAUUCUACCCCAGCCAAUGAUCCAACGUCAACUGCAGUUCAGCAUUCUCCAGACGGUAAAUUAGAAGCCCCCGAUGGUGAUGGAGCAGAAAUUCCAGAAAAAGAGACGAGCAAGAAAAGUCUGCAUGAUGACCAAACUGGUGACCGUGAGUCCAGUCCAGUGCAGGGAAAACGAAAAAGGACAGACCAAACAUCAUCGUCAGCAUCAGUAUAGUCUCCAGUCCCAACCCUGUGAUCAGGUUUAUUUGGACAUAUGUAUUAGGGAGGGGAGAUGCAAAUUCGGGAAGUUUUGUGUACUCUAGAUUCUUGCUUCUUCAGCGUUUGCUGUAGAAGUGAAUGUUUUAGCAGGUACUAGUUCUACCACCGUGAUAAUGGCAAAGCGAAUUUCCUGACUUUAUGAUUCUUCUGCCAUCUCUAAUCUAGGAUGGUCUGUGACUGAUGGUGAUGUAUAAAUUGUAUAAACGUAGGACUGCUGCUUCGUUAGUUUGAUAUGGCAUUCUUGUACAGAUUUUCUUAUUCUGAAACACUUGGUCCGAAGAUGUCGACUAAUUAUGUCCAAUCGGUGGGAUCACCCUUCUGACUAUCCGAUGCUUGCUGGUGUAACUACUAACUCAGUUCAGUUCUCAAAGAGAAGAGAAAUGGAGGCGGGCAAUCUUUCUUUAUGAGAAAAUGACUGGUUGCGUAUAUGGUGUGUAUGGAUCCAACAACCAAGCAACGGACUGGAGCUACCCACAUUUUAUUUGAAAAAAAUACACGCAAAAUUUUAUUUUUUACGGUAAACGAAGAGGAAAACACUUUAUGAAUGAAAAAUAGUGAUAAUAGAAUGGUUAAUUGAUUCUUACUAAUUGAAAGAUCCAAUCUAACUAAUUGAAGAAAUGCCAAAGUAGAAGAAAUAUGAAUACAUAUUGUAAGAAAUUGAGAUAAUCGAAUCUAACUAGGUGAGAGAUCGAGUCUAACAAGUUGAAGAAAAGUCAAAGAAGGAGAAAUAUGAAUAGACAUUGUGAGAAAUUGAAAUAAAAUGUGCCAAGAACCGGGCGGGACAUGACGGGUCGGAUCGGAAGUAGAUACUCAUACCCCGCCUCACUCUACUACGAGUCGGGUAAUAGUAUAGUUAGUAAAUACUCCGUUUAAUACACAUAUAUGUACUCGUACGUACUUUAUCCGUUUAAAACUUGCAUAUCCGUAUUAUUGUCAAGCCGUUUCAUUUUUCCCCGUUCAUUUGAUGGCUACGGUACUAAACACGUAUAAAACCCGUAUAACACGUUUAUUAUCCGUAUUUUACGAAUUAAAUUGUUAACUUUACUAUUAUUGUUAUAUUUAUUUUUAAAAUGACUAAUUCUAUAUAUAUGUGACUAUUAACGUACUAUUAAACGUAACUUUAGUUUAGAGACAAAGUAUAAUACCCGUACGUAUUUUUACGUAACUUUCUCGUACCGUAUUUAACUAACUAUACCCGCACCAUCGUCGACCAGGCCAGAUAAUAUUCACGUGUCGGGUUCAAAUUGUCAAUCACUUGAUACCGCAUCCUUAAAUUUUCCGGUACAAUCCUCUAACUUAUUAUUCCAUAAUUGCUGAAAUAAAAAAAAAUACAAAUAUUUUAAACAAAAUAGGACGACGAGAAAUAAACCUUUUUGGCUUUUUUUCCAGAGAAAAAAUGAAAAAGAGCCACAACGCACAGAAAUAGAGUCGUCCUUUCCUUCUUCCUCCCCCGCCGUAUCUCAAUCCAUCUCUCCGUCCCAAUUAAUUUCUUCCCCUCCGUGCGGCCUUUAAAAGAAAACCCUCCGCCGCCUCACUCUGCAUCCAAUUCAACAGAUCGGAAAAAAAAAUAUUUUUUCCGUCUCUUUCCGCACUGAGUUUCAGGUGAUUUCUCUGCUCAAUCAAUCGAGAGUCUAGAUUUUUUUUCCCCCUUCGAUUGUAUAGUUUUCACCUCCAGUUGAAUCCUUCUUUGUUAUUCUUGUAAUGUUUUUAUUUGAGUGUAAAACAAACACAGGAUGAUCACAGAGAUAACUGAAGCUUCAAGACUACAAAUAGAAGUUCAGAAGCAAUUACAACAACAGCUCGAGGUAAUUAGUGGAAAAAGACAUCAAUGGUCUCGAUUCUGUUUUCUGUGCCUGUGAUCAUCUUCUCUUAUUUUGUUGAAACGCUUGACAGAUUCAACGAAAGAUACAAUUAAGAAUCGAAGAACAGGGAAGGAAUCUGUUGAUGAUGUUAGAGAAGCAAAUGAUGGAAGACGAGAAAGAUGGCUUUUUUCCUCAUUGGUUUAAAAAUGAAGGUUUUGAGUUUUGAAUUUUUUUUAGAUUUAUGAUGGAUUUAUUGCAUUUUGUAUUCGAAAGAUAACAUUGUUUGUUUAGUUGAAUUUUUUUCAAAGAUUUAGUUUAUUUGGGGUUGUUUGGAGGUUGAGAUUCUCCAAAUUGAAGUAUUGAAGUAUUAAAUCAAUUUGUGUAUUAUAAUUUGAUGUAUUGAUGAAAUGUAUGAAUUUGAAAAUAUAUUGUUUGGAGGUUUACAUUGUGCUUUGUUAUAAAUGAAAAAAUAGAGGGUAGACAAUAUCUUGGUCACAAUCUCAAAUUUUGUUAGAGAUUGAUAAUCACUCAUUUUGAGUGAUUGUUGGUGGGUAGAGAAAAAAGUAAUGUAUUCUGUCACAAAUUUAACAACAAAAAAAAACGAUUUAAUCUUGACAUCUCAUACUUUGGCUAAGAGAAAACCAAUACCUAAAAGAAAAAUUGAAGAAUAUACUAAUAAUUAAUUUAAAAUAUUUGAUAAUUACAUUCUUAAACCUCCACAACAUUAUCAAUCUAACUAACACGAAUUUUUAUUUUUAUAUGUUUUAUGGAAAACCUCAAAUCCAAAGUUAUAAUUGAAAGUAUUUGAUUUGUCUAGUUUUUUUUUUUUACAAACGAUUUGUCUAGUGAAGUAAUGAAGAAUUAUACCAAAAGUAAGAUAGCCUAACGGUAAAGCGACGCGACAGUGAAGGUUUGGGAGUUGCAGAUCCCAGAUUCGAAUCCAAGUGAGGUCCGUUGGUGUUCACGAAGGUAUAAAAACUGCUGGGGGCGAAGCCUAGUUGGUAUCGAAUUGAUUGCAGGUGACCCCGGAUUUAUUAGGCCAUGCUGUUACAAAGUGGCACUGCUGGCUGAGGUUCUGGGUAAUAGAAAAAAUGAAGAAUUAUUCAAUUAGCAAAGUCACAUAAUUUUGUCUCAAACACUCAAUCUUAUAAUAAAAGAAAAUUAAAAAAAUAAACCAUAUAUAAACAGGCACAACCUUAUAACAAAAGAAUUAGUCAAUAAUAUAAUAACUGAUUUUAA